AUCUCCCUCUCUUAUACGGUUCACAAUUCACAUCACAAAUCUCCAUAAUCUCUGCUCUGUACUCUGUUAUUUUGUUUUUCUUCUCCUUUUUACUUGAUUUCUGUCUCGAGCUAUACCGGACUGUUUUUGAACACAGAGAAAUGGAAAUUCCGGUGAUUAAUAGGAUAAGCGAUUUCGAGGUGGGGAUUAACUCUUUACCUAACCCUUCUUUGGUUUCCCAGCUUUUUGCUCUUUCUGGGAUCAAAGAAAUCUACCAAGCUUACAAUUUUUGGAAAUGGGGCGCUUUGAUUCUUGCCCUGCUCGCCUCCUUCACCCCCAUUAUCAACAGAAUCAAGAUUUUGAUCAUGAGAUUAAAACGCCACCGCUAUCCUCCGUCGCCGCCGCUCCUCGAGGACAGCGAUUUUGACACUGAUACAGACACCUCCUAUUAUUCAUCUUCGGAUGAUGAACAGGAACAGGAUUCACCAUCCACAUCCCGUGACUGGCGACGGGUCGAUGAAAAUUUUCAGGUGAGAGGCUCAGCUCACGUCAUUGAGGACCAGGGCAAAAAAUGUCAUUUUACUCUUCGGCGGCGGCGUGGUAGUAUCGGGGACCUGUUUUCAUUGUCCGAGCUCGUUGCCGGUGGCAAGAGCGUCGUGAAGUUAUGGGAUAACCUUGGAUUGGGGUUUGGAUUAGGCUUCGACGACGACGGCGAUGAUACCAAUGGUUUUAAUCUUUACGAUAUUAACGAGCAGAGAACAAUCGCGUGGUUUCUCGGCAAUAAAUGUGGGGUCCAGGCGGUUUCAAAGUCAUCAACCCCGGCGGUUGUCGUGUCAGCGGUUGCCGAUUUGUCCGGUCUCGUCUCGCUGAGCGCCUGGGACACACGCCUCCCACCUCGGGCACCAGCCAUCCUUGCGGAGUGGCAGCCCAAAAACCCGGCGGAGAAAAUCGCAGCAGUCAAUGCCGGAGGCAGGGAGAAGGUAUACGUCAGGGAUGACAUCACCGGAGAGUUAACCGUCGGGGACAUGAGGAAGGUGAGGUCCCCGUUAGCAAGCGUGACGGAAUCUGACCUGGACACUUGGAGGGAUGCCGACGUGGCGAUCGUUUCGGACGACACGAUGUAACGAGUCAGUGACAGGACUCGGUCAACACGGUUAUAAGAUUGUAAGCUGUAAAGUUGAAAUGGGCAAAAUGGUCAUAUUGUGAGAAAUGUGACCGAAGAAGGGUUUUGUAAAUAUCAAUUAUUUUAAUGCUUGUUGAAACUACAUUCAACAAUUUUAUUUUGCAUAAUUUUCAUUUAUAUUGUUAAUUUACGAAGUUCAAUUAUGAAGGAAUUACUAAUUUAAAUAUAUUGAGUAAGUAAUU